GCGGAGCUCGGCAGUGUCACAGGCGGAGAGAGCGGCCGGAGCGGCAGGUGACAGCGCGGACCUCAGCACACCAUGGACACGGACUCUGGGGACCUGAGCGAGGGGGAGCUGUCACCAGGACCAGAAAAUUUCAGCUCCAAGAGCUUUGCAGUACGAGCUCAGAAGAAAAUUCUGAGCAAAAUGGCUACAAAGACAAUGGCAAAUAUGCUUAUCGAUGAUGUAAGCAGCGAAAUCUUUGAUGAGCUCUUUAAAGCCACUAAGGAACACGUGAGGAAUAAGAAAGAGGCUCAUAAAAUCCUAAAGGACCUUAUCAAGGUUGCUGUCAAAGUUGGCAUUCUGUAUAGGAAUAACCAGUUCAGUCCUGAAGAACUGGAAAUUGUAGAGAAAUUCAAGAAGAAGCUCAACCAGACGGCCAUGACAGCAGUCAGUUUCUAUGAAGUGGAAUACACGUUUGAAAAAAGUGUUCUUUCAGGACUACUGCAAGAAUGCAAUGGCCUACUUCACGACUUGGUACAGCGCCACUUGACGCCAAAAUCCCAUGCUCGAAUCAACAGGGUCUUCAAUCACUUUGCAGAUGUUGAAUUCCUUACCGCUCUUUAUAGCAUUGAUGGAAACUGCAGGCCGUACCUCAAAAGGAUUUGUGAAGGCAUCAAUAAACUGCUUGAUGAAAGAAUUAUUUAAAACGGUCUUCUCUUUUUAUUUCUUUUUUUC